AUGAGCAAAGAACUGUCAUCACCGAGCUUCGAAAAAUCAACCCCGAAAGAAGAAUCAUCCCCCACCAAUGCAAGCUCGCACACAGCCCAAAAAACAAGGCAGUAUUUAACGGAAGAAGACGUGGAAUUAUUGGACCAUCCUCCAUAUAGUCCCGAUCUAACUCCUAACGAUUUAUUUACUUUCCCGAAAAUUAAAAACAAAUUGCGUGGUCAAAGGUUGCAGUCACCAGAAGUGGCAGUUGACGCAUUCAAAAAUGCCGUUUUGGAUCUGCCAGCAAACCAGUGGAAUAAGUGCUUCGAAAAUUGGUUCGAACGCAUGCAGGUGUGUAUUAAUCUUCAUGGAGAAUACUUCGAAAAACAAUAAAGUCAUCUAAAACCACCUACCGUGUUGUUUUAUUUCCAUAUGAAAAACUUAAAAGACAUCCCUCGUAUCUAGUCAUACUUUUCACAU